AUGAACGCCGCAGGCAUCCCGUCACAUGAGUCUUGGUCUGUAGACCUCGUGACUCCCAUUCAGACGACCAUCGAGCAAGUGGCAACAACUUCUCUUGCAGCAACCAUCACGGCCGUGACUUCCUCACCGGUAUCCACGACGAACUUCUUGGACGAGAUCACUUCGUUAUGGAACGAGCCAGCAGCUGCUACACCAACAGGGACCGCCACGUCAUGUCCGUGGCCGGGCUGCUGGUACGACGAAAUGUGGGCGGGACCUUUGACUUGGAUGAUCGUCUGCUACUGCAUCGUCUCUGCAUCCAUUCUCGUGACCUUAUUGUGUGGGGGAUAUUUGGACUGGAAGUUGAAUCUCUCGGAUCCAUACCGCCGCAACAGCUACCGCAGACAACCGCGCUCGACCAACGAUUUCUUGGAAUACCACUCGCACGUGUACCAGCAGCGGCAGCGAGAGCGGGCAGCUGCGCGCAGCAAUCCACCGACCCGCAACCUCGAACAAUCGCAGCGCUUCUAUGAGGCGGCUGGCAUGCGCAGCUCAACCCAAGAGCUUCGACAGCAGUUGCAGUCCCAGCUAGCCUCGCGAUCAGAGCCGGACUUGCGCUAUGUGCACCCCGAUGUGCUGGAUGAGCUGCGAGCGUCGGAGAGGGAGCGACGGGAUGCUAUCGUUAUUGCGAACUUGAGGAGGCAGGGGUUGAUGUGA